ACUCGGAUGAUGAAGACGGUCCUCUCAAAAAUGUCUAUAAUCAGCCUUCGCACUCUGAACCAGAUCUGAUUGUUAGUCCCAUUUUUUGAUCUGCUGCUAACAUUCGCUCUGAUCGUUUAUCUUGGUUAAGCAUGGUAGCCAUGUCCCCCGACGCACCACGUUCCAUCCCAACUUUGAUGUCAAGAGAACUUCACAACAACUGUCUUUCCGCGACACUGGAAACAAAGUACCAAUUGAACUAAACAAUGUCGCUGACCGCUCAACGAAACGGGCUAAGAUGAAGCAAUCAGAAUCCCGAAUGCCUGACAAAGCCUUGACAACUACAAUCCAGCCAAGAGCGGAGCCUGCGGAUUUGAUUUUACUUGAUCCUAAGACAGUUGCUUCUAUCCUACGUCGCGCAAUCUCUACACCAGAAACGCAAGAUUGCAAACCCGAGCUGAUUACUACGCGGCAAGAAUUGAGCUCCACGUUCGGUGGUACAAUCACACAAUUUGUCACGGGCUAUCCGGUUGCCUAUUCUUCCAUGCUCAGGAAGGUCAAGAAGAUACCAAAUGCCACUCAACACAAGCAACGGUACUUCAUUUUCCCAAAUAAAACACCAGAAUUCAAUGCCCAUUUUCCUUCUCGUCCUGGUGCCCAUGGACUUAUGUUCGGCAUGAGACCGAGGAUGGAACAUCUCUUGGAGGACAAGAAUGCAUCAAUAUUCGAACUUUUUGUGCCAGUGAACAGAGCUCAGUGCGGCGUCAACAUGUUUACAGUUCCCACAAGUAAAGUCCCUGUUGAGUAUUAUGGGACCUAUAAACUUGUUAAGCAGGGGUCAAUGCCAGCCCAGGACUUCGCUCGACAACCUCAAUCUGUACAAGAAGCAAUUGCUUCAGAAAUCAUUGAAAUCGGUCCAGGAGGUCCCGCUUGCUAUCUGUUCAUGAGAGCAAGAUCUGCAUGUAGAAAGCAAGGUAGACCAAUUGACCUGGAAUGGUCAGUAGAUGGUCAGGAAGCACGACGAAAUUUAAACACAAUUGGGUCAGAUGCCAGGAAGAAAGAUAUUAUCAGAGACCUUUCCCAUGGUACUGAAAAGCUUCCUAUGUUUAGUCUUGAAUGCAUUAAAUAUGACAAAGAGCUCGCGAGCAGCAUAAUUUAUCACCUCUCUCAUAAAGAUGAACCUUGAACGCACAAAGGGAUUGCGAUAAAAGGACAUCAAAAAGGGCAACUUUUAGCUAGCGUGCGUCGU